UUUUUCUCAUAAACCUGUUUGGCCAGGCUCAAAGACUUCUCGGCUUCUUCAUUCAUUCAAUCCAUUUGUUCUAUAUAGCAUCCACACAUAUGCCACCCUCUUAAAUACUGGACAUUUAUAUGCCAAAUUAUAGCAACUUCCGUCCGUGCAUAGCUACAUAUGGAAUUUGCAGUUGAAUCUGGUUUGAAAACCAUGGGAAGUGGGGAGGGGAUUAGGAGGAAUCAAGCUUUGAUAUGCGCACCAUUAAUGGCUGACACAGUAGAUCAAAUGGUGGAUUUGAUGCACAAGGCUAAGUCGAAGGGAGCCGAUAUCGUAGAAAUCAGAUUGGAUCACUUGAAGAUUUUCAACCCUCGCAGUGAUAUCGAAAUAAUGAUCAAAGUCUGUCCUCUGCCCACCCUCUUCACAUACAGACCAAUAUGGGAAGGUGGUCAAUAUGCUGGUGAUGAAAAAAGUCGUUUCAAGGCACUUCAACUAGCUAUGGAGUUGGGAGCUGAUCACAUUGACAUUGAGCUUAAGGCUGCACAUGAGUUCAACAAUUUUUUGCACGGAAAUAAGCCUGGAAAAUGCAAAGUCAUUAUUUCUUCCCACAACUAUGAUAGCACUCCACCGAUUGAGGACCUGGGAAAUCUGGUUGCAAGAAUUCAAGCUGCUGGAGCUGACAUAAUAAAGUUUGCAACAACAGCUUUGGAUAUCACAGAUGUGGCACGUGUUUUCCAGAUAACAGUUCAUUCCCAAGUACCAAUCAUAGCUAUGGUAAUGGGAGAGAGAGGGUUGAUGUCAAGAAUACUCUGUCCAAAAUUUGGUGGAUAUCUCACGUUUGGUAGUCUAGAGGCAGGACAGGUAUCUGCUCCUGGGCAACCGACAAUAGAGGAGUUGGUUAAUUUGUACAACUUUAGACUGUUGGAGCCUGAUACAAAAGUUUUUGGGAUUAUUGGGAAUCCUGUAAGCCACAGCAAAUCUCCAAAAUUAUACAAUGAAGCUUUCAAAUCAGUUGGCUUUAAUGGAGUGUACCUCCAUUUGUUGGUGGAUGACGUUCAAAAAUUUUUCAGGACAUAUUCCUCUAUGGAUUUUGCUGGCUUCAGGACAUAUUCCUCAAUGGAUUUUGCUGGCUUCAGCGUGACAAUUCCUCACAAGGAAGCGGCACUUGCGUGCUGUGAUGAAGUUGAUCCUGUCGCGAAGUCAAUAGGGGCAGUUAAUUGCGUUGUCAGGCGUCCUGAUGGGAAGUUGUUUGGCUGCAAUACAGACUACGUUGGUGCAAUUUCUUCCAUUGAGGAUGGCCUUCUAGGUUCGCAAAAUGGCUCUACGGGAACAGGGUCGCCCUUGGCUGGAAAACUGUUUGUGGUCAUUGGUGCUGGUGGAGCAGGCAAGGCACUUGCUUACGGUGCAAAAGAAAAGGGUGCCAGAGUUUUAAUUGCUAAUCGCACAUAUGAUCGAGCUAGAGAACUUGCUGACCUUGUUGGAGGACAGGCUUUGUCUCUUGCUGAGUUAGAUAAUUUUCGUCCAGAAAAGGGAAUGAUACUCGCAAAUACUACUUCUAUCGGGAUGCAUCCAAAGGUCAAUGAAACACCUAUUUCCAAGGAGGCUCUGGCUAAUUACAUGCUUGUUUUGAAUGCUGUUUACACUCCCAAAAUCACGAGACUUCUGCGGGAAGCAGCAGAAUCAGGAGCCCAAAUUGUCACGGGAGUUGAUAUGUUCAUUGGACAGGCAUAUGAACAAUAUGAGAGGUUUACAGGGUUGCCAGCGCCAAAGGAACAAUUUAAGAAAAUCAUGGAAAAUUAAUAGAUGGGGAGGCUAGUUUGGUUUCUCUGGGUCGACUAUUUAUAUAUCGGACAGCAUUUGCUUUUCUUAUUGAGGCCAUUCUUUUUCGUAUGCAGUAUUAGAUAACACUGAUUGACAAUUUCCUCCCUUUUUGUUGUUGUAGUUUCUAUUUUUGUUCUUCCACUCAAGUUGAGUUUGCGCAGUAGGAAUUGUACGGUAGGAAAUCACUGCAUGUGCGAUUGUCAUUAAAAAUAAUUGAUUUCUAACCGUUGAAGUUUUGUUAUAA